AUGUGUCCUUGCGGACAAGAUUGUAGCUUGCAGAUCACAGGAAGUAACUAUUCCCAUUUAUGUGGCACUUACGAAGCAGCAUCUAGAGCACUGUGUGCUGUUUUGGUCUCCCCAGAGCAAGAGAGGGACCGAAAAACUGGAAUUAGUCGAGGAGGGUCACUAACAUGUUGGUACGUUACUAACAGAGAGGUUUUUAAUGCAAAGACAGCAGAGCUCUUGAGUCACCAUCAAGUAGAGAUUCAGCAGAAAUUCCCUAAAGAAGGGUGGGUGGAACAAGAUCCAAAGGAAAUCUUAAAAUCAGUCCAUGAAUGUGUGGAAAGGACCUGUGAGAAACUGCAACAACUGAACAUAGACAUCACUAACAUAAAAGCUAUUGGAGUCAGCAAUCAGAGAGAAACAACAGUGGUUUGGGACAAGACAACUGGAGAACCUCUUUAUAAUGCUAUUGUGUGGCUUGACCUGAGAACGCAGUCAACAGUUGAACGCCUUCUUAAAAGAAUCCCAGGAAAAAAUAAAUCCUUUUUUAAGUUUAGGACUGGUCUUCCACUUAGCACUUAUUUUAGUGCAGUGAAACUUCGAUGGCUUUUGGACAAUGUGGAAGAGAUUAGGCAAGCAGUUGAUGAUGGGAGAGCUAUGUUUGGGACUAUUGAUUCAUGGCUUAUAUGGAGUUUGACAGGUGGGAAGAAUGGAGGUGUUCACUGUACAGAUGUAACCAAUGCCAGUAGAACAAUGCUGUUCAAUAUUCAUUCCUUGGACUGGGAUCCUGAACUCUGCCAGUUCUUUGAUAUUCCUAUGGAAAUUCUUCCAAAAGUACGAAGCUCUUCAGAGAUUUAUGGCCUGAUGAAAAUCUGUCCUAGCCUGAAAUCAGGAGCCUUGACAGGUGUACCAAUUUCUGGGUGCUUGGGUGACCAGUCUGCUGCUCUUGUUGGACAAAUGUGUUUUCAAGAUGGACAGGCAAAAAAUACGUAUGGAACAGGAUGUUUCUUACUGUGCAAUACAGGUCAUAAGUCUGUGUUUUCUGAGCAUGGUCUUCUGACCACAAUAGCUUACAAACUGGGCAGAGAUAAACCUGUUUGUUACGCACUAGAAGGAUCUGUUGCAAUAGCAGGUGCUGUUGUUCGUUGGCUGAGAGACAAUCUAGGUAUCGUUAAGACUUCACAGGAAGUUGAAAAACUGGCUGCAGAAGCUGGAACUUCUUAUGGCUGCUACUUUGUGCCAGCAUUUUCAGGACUGUAUGCGCCAUACUGGGAACCCAGUGCAAGGGGUAUUAUCUGUGGCCUUACUCAGUUUACGAAUAAAAAUCACAUUGCCUUUGCUGCACUAGAAGCUGUCUGCUUUCAAACACGAGAGAUUUUAGAUGCUAUGAACAAGGACUGUGGGAUACCACUAAGCCAGCUACAAGUAGAUGGAGGAAUGACCAAUAACAAAGUUCUCAUGCAACUCCAAUCAGAUAUUCUCUGUAUUCCAGUAGUAAAGCCAUCAAUGCCUGAAACAACAGCUCUAGGAGCUGCUAUGGCAGCAGGAGCUGCAGAAGGAGUUGGAAUUUGGAGUCUAAGCCCUGGAGAUUUGACAGCAGUGACAUGUGAACGAUUUGAACCACAGAUCAACCCAGAGGAAAGUGAGUAUCGUUAUGCCAGAUGGAAAAAAGCUGUGAUGAAAUCUAUGGGCUGGGAAACAUCUGAAGCUCCUUCAAAUGGUGACACUAGUAUCUUCUGUAGUCUGCCUUUGGGUUUUUUUAUUAUGAGUAGCAUGAUAAUGUUAAUCGGAGCAAAGUACGUCUCAGUCAUCAGUAUAGUAAGUUUGAGGAUUGAAUCUACUGAGGAUUGAAUCCAUACUUCAUGUGCUGAAACAGCAGUACUGAUAAAUGAGACUACUUAAUGGAUUACCUGGAUGCAGCUGAUUCUUUUUUUUGUUUGUUUGUUUUACGUAUGAAGAGAUUCCACCACCGAUGUGAUAAUACUGUUUGAGUGACUGAAUCUAUUUAUAAACCCAUCUGUUGCCAGGCCUUGAGCAACCUCCCUGUGGUACACUGAACUGAAACUUAGUCAUCGUCCUGUGACUUCUCUGCUUCCUUCCCCACCGACUCCAUUACACUGGAAGCCUUUGGGUUGACUGUCUCACAUCAUGAAAUUUUAAAAUUUCAGAAGCUCUAGCUUUGAACUUUGGAAAGUUGCCAUUUACAAAACUUCUGGGGUAAUUUCAGAUGUUUUCCUAUCCUUUUCAGGGUUUUGGUACUUUAUAAAAUGCACUGCAGAAAAUUAUAAUGAUGCACUAUAGAUGUUUGUAAGCAUCUUGUAAUGUUUUUUCCAGCUGCUGUGAAUUACCUAUCAUAUUUCUAUGGUUGCCAAAGAUGUGUUGUUUUUGUGGCCAUUGAUCUGAAACACCUUUAAUGGUACAAACCUUUUAAAUACUAGCUCAAAAUGUAUCUUCAGUAGCACACAUUGCCACUGGUUUGGCAAUGAAGAGGUUGCAGAUAUGGUCACCAGAGUACGAUCAAAAUGAUUGAUCCCGAAGUUAAAUAGAGGUUGGAUUAGGCUUCUGGUAUAUGUAGCCAGUCUGCCUAUUAAUAAGUAUUUAAGACACUAAGUCCUAUAACUUUACCUUUAAAGAGGUAGGAGUAAAUAGACAUUUCAGUUAAGGCUAUGUUUCAUGUUCUUAUCUGUUUGAGUUUGUUUUGAAAGACAAAUUUGAUAGAGGGUGCAAUUCAAAAGAGAACUUCUUAGUCCUCUGUAGCUGGUAACUCUUAAAAUUACUCUUAACAAUAUACUUUUCUUGACCAAUACUGCAUAUGUUCUGUCAUCCUGCUUAAGGAUAUUUUGGUGAUUACAUGUUAAAUUUUUGAAAGUUGAAGAUGAAUUAGUUUUCCUUUAAAGAGGGUCCACUCCCAAUUACAUAUCAGUGCUCUAGUUCUUGAUCUCAUUUAGUAUAUCUCAGGGACCAAAAUCUCCCUUUCAAUUUCCGUGUCCAUAGUUUUAACAGCAAGUUUUCCCAAAAUAUGCUUGGUCAACCCAAGAUCCUGGCCUAGAAUUGUAAGCACCUGGCACCUGAAACUGGCCGUUGGAAUUCAGAGGCAACAUGGUUGAAAACUGAGUUGCAUCCACUUUGAAACUUUAGAUCCUCCGUAGGUAAAGGAGUGAGGCAAUAAACUUCAGCUUUCCUGUUGGUAUCAGCAGCAUGAGAAAUGCUGGCCUUAUUGGACAGGUCAAAGAAAAUGUGUUCUUGUAUAGUGUCACUAGAUCUCUAUAGAAUGAUAUUGAGGUGAAAUGUGGGAACAAUAACUUUCAAAACAAAUUACAAAGAUGUAUUUAAAUGCAUGAGGAGUUAAAGGGAGUGGCUUUUUGUGUGUGUUUGUUCUUAAAGGUUUUUAUCAAAAGAAGUUAUUCUUUAACAAAGUUUAUUUUUUCUUCAUUAAACUGUAAAUAGAGGUUUAGUUUUUAAAAGAAAUGUUAAAUAUAUGUGUGUCUGAAGCAAUGGAUUGCAUAGAAAUUUAGAUCUGUACAAUAUAUUUAAUAUCAAAUGCAUAUUCAUUGCCUUUUUAUUAUAAAGUGCAAUGACCUUUGAAAAUGUGACUUUUAAUUCAGAAGUUAGAGAAGGAGUAUUUUCCUCCUCUGAUUGCAUGUAUAAAUUCAGCUGAGGGGAUUUUUAUGCACAGGUGAAAAUAUAACACCAACAUUCUAAUCCCACAACUCCUGUAAAUACCUGAAUGUGAGGUGCAACAACUAAAACUUCUGGGUUUUCCAGUUUAUAUGGAGAGGUGAAUAAAGAGUGAAAAAUGAACAUGAAUCUGUAGAAAAAUCUUUAUAUUCCUUACCUUUUCUCCAAGCUGUUGAUGUUCUUACACCGCGGAACAGGAGUUAACAGCAGCUUUUGGAGCGUACAGGUCAAGGGCAGCACAGACCUCAAAAACCGACUUCUGAGUAUGACUUCUUGCCAAAAAUACUGAAGUAGUGAAACUGGGAAUGGUUAAUGUUGAAAUGUUGCCUUUGCGAGUGGUGUAUGAGGCAGAGGGAAAAAAAGUAGCGUGUAUUAUUCAGGAGGGGGAUUUUUUUGCUGCUUUUUCUGAUAUAUCUUUUACUGAGUAACAUAAUUCCUAUUACUUUUUCACUGAGUAAAUAUCAUAAUUUUAUUUUCAAUUGCUGUUGCAAGUAUUUUUUAAGAAUCUCAUACCACUGUAAACUUUCUACCAACAUAGUUGAAUUCAGUUGUAAACUGUGCAGGGGCAGAACUGCUGAAAAGUAGCUUUUGUGACUAGAAAGCUAUGAAUUUUUUUUUUUCUAUAAAUUACCAGAUUUAUAAAGUCUUACUUGUGAAAUGCAUUCACUUGGUAUUAAAAUACCGUAAACAAA